CGUUUCCCUCAACCCUCCGCCGGCGGCGACAAUGGUGAUGACCAAAACCCAAGAAUCGGAGACGGCGAUCGGAGAGCGGACCUGAAGCUGGCUUCUCUUGCCUCACGAAUCGGACACGGAAGCGCCGCGCCACGUUUCAGAUUCCGCUGGGAGAUUGAAGCGAGUGAACUGGGAUUGCUUCAUCUUCCACAGAGUGAACUGGGAUUCCAACCAGCUUCAGGGAAAUAUGGCUUCAGAAAUGAAUGAUGAUAGUCUAUCAAUGAAUCACGAGAGUAGUAAUCAAAACCAUC